GAGAAUGAAAUUUCUACAUGGAAUUUGUAUAAUUUCUUACUUUAUCGUAUCAAGCAACAAGAUUUUGUGGUGGAUCCGCUAGAAAAUGGUCAUUAUGCAAGCUUUUUAGGAUAUUUUAAGAAUGAACAUGGUGAUGAAGGAGAUUUUCUUCUAAAGCAAUAUAAGGAAAACAUGACAUCUGCAAGAGUGAAGAUCCUAUGGGAAGUUAUUUCUGGAAACGAUGCAAAAGAACUUCAAUUAGUUUUUGAAACUGUAUUAACCCUGAAGGACAAUUAUUUACAAUCUAAAGGCACCACGAAUGACAAGGUUUCGUUAGCGAGUCGGCAAUAUCUUUACGAGCUAUUUAUUGAUCAUAUAAACUCUGUAGAAUAUAAUAAUGACAUCAAAUACUUUGAUCCUAUUAAAAGUAGCGUAAUAUGCGUAGAUAUUCUGGACCCUCAAUUAAAGGAAAAAUUGUCAAAAAAUGACUUGGAUGAUUUAUCAAAAAAAUUAUCCAUUCCAAUCAAUGAUUCUAAUGCUUUACAUGUAAAGAGCUAUGUAGAUGAUAUUCUAAAUUGGUAUACUGGUUUAAAUACUGCACCGUUACGCAAUAAUUCAAAAAAGCCAGAAAUUUCUCCAAAUUGUAGUCAUGAAGAAAAAAUACAAUACAAGAUUAGUGAACAACAAUACACAUCUGAUACAAUUUAUAGUUUCAUAUUCAGAUCUAACCUUUAUACAUUAUUAAAACGCCUUUAUAAAUUACUUGGAUUAAAUAAGAAGAAAAGUGCAAUAGGUCGCCGUUGUGAUUUAAUUUUAUGUGAUCAAUAUGAUUAUGUACAUUUGGUUGGUGAAGUGAGUGGACCACCCUCAAAAAAACUUCCAAAUAAAGAAAGAUUUGAUCUUGAGAAGACAAUGGAAACAUCUGUUCUUGAUCAUAUGAUGCAACAAAUUUAUCGUUCAAGACUUCUAAACCGGGCUGAGAUCCCUUUGAACAAAAAGAUUAUGGAUAAAGUAAAUUUUCUACAAUUUUUAUUCACUGUUUAUGAAUUAAUCGUUGUCAUUGCUGAAAAUGCAAAUAAAAUGGACAAGUUGAUGAACAAGCUUUCAAGAAAGAAGCAAGAAUGGAAGGCCAAUAAUAUUAAUACUGACUUUGACUCUUUGACAAUAAGUGAUGCUGGAAAAAAAUUGGUCUUAUCACAAGCAAUUACUUUAUCAACUCCAUCAUCUUCACCAUCAAGUGAUGACGCACUCGAUUCUCCGAAAGCAUCAAUAGUAAAUUUAUUGGAUUUUUUUAUUACUCCGGCACGAGCAAAAGAAACUCUUAGAGAAAUGAACUCUUUAUGUACUUUAGAGCAUGUUUUUGCUACCGACACCAUUCUUCAUACACCAGACGUUUGCCAAUAA